UUAAAAUAAUUAAAGUAUAGUUUAAUUUGAAAAACCAACAAAAAGUGAUGAGGUGUUGAGAGUGAAGAAGAUUGAUACAAGUGAACCAUUGGUGAUGCUGUAAGGCUACCAACCAGUCCAUUUCAGUCGCAUCACAAACGACACGACGAUUAUUCCUCUAAAGUCUGAACUCGACGCGGUACCUAAGUUUCUCUCCUCUUCUAAGCCUUUUUCCCCUCAUCCGAUACACUCUCACUCAGGACCAACGCAAGUUUUUCCUUUUCAUUGAAGAGAAGGCUGCAUCCCCUAAUGUAUCUAGAGUUUUAGAAAGCAUUUCGGGGGUGAAAGUUUUAUAUAGAACAAGUGAAUUAGAGGAACAACAAGCUAAAAGGUAUUGCUUUUUCUUGUUAUAUAAAACCUUUGCACAAACCAACCUUAACGAUCAUCCUAAAAAACAUCACUUCAUAACUUAAUAUGGACAACACUUUCUUAACCUUGUUUCUGUUCCUCUUACUCUCCUUUCUUCACCGACCCAUUUCUGCAUCAAAAUUCCACAAAAUCAAUCAACUAAACACAGAUCUUCUUUCUCAACCAACAUCAUCACACCACACUUCACCAUCACCAACCAAAUACUUUGAGGUAACCAAACCCAUUAAACUCCCAAAAACAAAACCUUUUUCGUACAAUGUUCUCCACCACGAUUUUGGCUCCACAUAUGGCAAAUCCCCAGUUCUUGCUAAUUACACCCCUCCUUUUAAUUGCCCAUCUAAAAAAUUCUCCAAAAUUGUCCUUGAAUGGAAGGCAACAUGUAAAGGAAGACAAUUCGAUCGCAUUUUCGGCGUGUGGCUUGGUGGUGUUGAGUUACUCAGAAGCUGCACAGCUGAACCAAGACCCACUGGGAUUGUUUGGCGAGUUGAAAAAGACAUCACGAGGUAUAGUUCUAUUUUAUUAUCGAGUCCCCAAAAUCAAACCCUUGCUGUUUAUUUGGGUAAUAUUGUUGACAAAACUUAUACAGGGGUUUACCAUGUUGAUAUCACUAUUCACUUUUACCCUUCUCAUCAUGACACAAAAAAGUUCAAUUCUUUAGCAUUCGGGAGUGGUUUUCAUGCAGAUUUGAUCUUGCCCAUUUCAAGGAAUCUCCCACUGAAUGAUGGGCUGUGGUUCCAAAUUCAAAACUCCACUGAUGUGGCUUUGAAAGAAUUCACUGUUCCUCAGAAUGCUUACAGGGCUGUAUUAGAGGUGUAUGUUUCAUUUCAUGAGAAUGAUGAGUUUUGGUAUUCUAAUCCUCCAAAUGAAUAUCUCGCUGUAAACAACCUUACUGAUAUCCCUGGGAAUGGACCCUUUAGAGAGGUUGUGGUUACUCUUGAUGAGAAAGUUGUUGGUUCAGUUUGGCCUUUUACUGUGAUCUACACUGGUGGGGUUAAUCCCCUUUUGUGGAGACCAAUUACUGGGAUUGGUUCAUUUGAUCUUCCAUCUUAUGAUAUUGAAAUAACACCUUUUUUGGGGACAUUAUUAGAUGGAAAGCCCCAUUUGUUGGGGUUCAGUGUGAAAAAUGCAUUGAAUGUUUGGUUUAUAGAUGCAAAUUUACAUAUUUGGUUGGAUGCCGAAAGCAGUAGAACAGAAGGACAACUACUGAAUCACAUUGACAAACCAUUGGCUCAAUCUCUAGUAUAUGACUUUAAUGGUUUAAAUGGAACAUUCUUGACACGUGCAAAGAAGUCCAUUUUGUCGUCAGGAUGGGUUAGAUCCUCCUUUGGUAAUAUCACAACAAGUUUAGUUCAAGAUUUUGAUUACAACAAUUCAAUGGUAAUGGGGAAAAAUGGGGACAAACAAACUGUGAAUCAACUAAUAUUUUUUAACAACAGGGUUCAGGUUAAACUUCCAUCGUCCAUUCUAGAUUUGGUUGAUGACACUUAUAGAAAGUUUUCCAUUUACUUGGACACAGAUGAAAUUGAGAAGGAUAUUGAUGGUUAUUUAUUAGUUACAAAUGUUUCAUUAGGAUUUGAUGAGGAAAAGUAUAAGAGCGAAGAUUCUGGAUUUUCAAAUAGCUUUCUAAACAAUGUGCAGGAUGGACAGGGUACAAUGGUUGUUAAAAAUAAUUUGGUUGUUAGUGGAGUGGGUGAAACACAACAAAGUUACAAAUAUUCAAGUAAUGAAAAUUGUUACUUUAGGAAAGUUGGAUGCUCAAAUUACACAAUUCUCUACGAUGAAGUAAAAAAUUCAUGCAACAAAAGAAGUAACUCUCGUUUUGGCCUUAAUUUUAUCAGAAAGUUGCCUGUUAUGCUGUAGAGUCCCUUUCUAGUUCUAAAAAUGGAGAUUAUCUCUGUAGUGGUUGUGUCAAACUAAAUGAGGUCAAUGAAUCUCUUGUACUGUUUUUUCUUCCUCCUUUUGCAGAGUUUUCCCAUAAUAACAUGUUUCUUUUAGCAUCAUGUAUGAGUUAUUCUAGAAAGGAUUUGCAUAAAACUCGUAGCAUUAAUGGUUUUUGUUAUUAUCUCACUGGAUUAACGACUCGCAUGCUUCACUAUCA